CCUGUAUGCCGAUUCGCAAUAUCAAUGAACGGUGCUAAACUGAAGACUGAAAGGUCCUGCAGCACAUACAGAAAAGUGUUGAAGCUAUGAGAAACAAUACCCUUACAUGCAAUAAACGGACGAAUGGCACGUCUUGUACUGGUUGUUGCGUCGGACACUUAUGUAACAAGAAUGAUUUCAUUGGCUGGACCAAAUCCCUCGUAUUUCGUUUGAUUUUUAAAAAGUUCAACGAAUAUAAAAUCCCCGCUGAGAACAUAUCAAGAGCCAUUGAGCAUGACCUUUCAACCGUGACGGGAACAUUUAGAGUUGAAGACUGUGGCUCAAACAGAAUUAAAAUAUUUGCUAUUUACUGUACAGUAUUUAGCGAAAUGACUGAAAGUCAACUGCGGCGCAAUAUCUCCCAAGUUUUGAACAAAUCCCAGGCAUUGCUUAACAUAGGAGUUCAGAAACUUCACUUGAAAUUGCUUGAUGAACGAAACAUCGACAGUAUUUUGGAGGAGGUUUUAGAUGUAUCCCAGAAAUCAGUGUAUUUCAAAGAAGAUGUUGAAUUGGCUGUAGACCUUCACGAGAAAAUGGUGCCACUUGUAUCGAAAGUGUCGGCCAAUAUAACUUUGAACCACACACUUCGUAGUAUCAACAAUUUGUUAAACAUACCAGAGGAGGUUCUGGCCGAGACAGAACAAGAGAAUAGAAGUGCCAACAGAUUGCUGCAUCUUAUACAAGAAAUCCCAGAAAAGAUUCCACUGGAGGAGCAGCAAGUCACAGCUAUCUAUUCUAAUCUUGGUAUUGGUGUUGCCAAAGUGAAUCCGGACGCAUUCGAUGGUCUUUUCUAUGGGGUUUCCUACGGAACCAAUGAACCAAGAAGAAAAACAAUGAUAUACGACUCACCAAAUCCCGACCAACAAGAAGCAGAUGCGAAGAUCAUGGCAUCUAUUUCAUUACCAAGGAGUUUAUUAAAACAUCUGAAAGACGAAGAAAGGUCAUCCGUUUCGCGGAUAACUUUUUUCUCCAUGCGGGACGAUAAGCUAUAUAGGGUAUGGAACAAAAACGGACAUUUUUCAUCUUCUUGUUGACAGGAGAAUGUUUGGAUGCAUUGAGGCUCUUUUUGAUAAUAAUAGAAACAAUACUAAUGUAACAUAACUGCCAAUGUUUAUG